AUGUCAUGCGUCCUUAGCGGGCGGAGCUGGCUUGAGAGGCGUGAAUCGCAGUCUAUGCGGUUCUGGGGUCCGUCGCGUCGCUCCUUUCGUUGGGGCGCGUGGCAUCGCGUGGCCGGCGGCCUUCUCUCCGCUUCUUACCCUCUCGGGUUGAAGCGCCUUCGGUCUCGCAGAAACAGGGGAGUCGUUGGAAUGAGGGCCAAGCCGGCUGUGGAGUCUGAGUACGAUGUGGUAGUCAUUGGUAGUGGACUAGCUGGCCUCACUUGUGCUGGUGUCCUUGCAGCUGCAGGUAAACGGGUUUGUGUCUUGGAAAGUCAUUAUGUUCCUGGUGGUGCUGCUCACACCUUCCGAGCAAGAGCAAAGGGCAUUGAAGGAGACUUUUGCUUUGAUUCGGGGCCUUCGCUCUAUGGGGGACUGAGUGGUGAACGAACAUCAUCUCCACUGAAACACGUCUAUCAGAUUCUGGGCGAAGAGCCCAAGUGGAUCCAAUAUGACAGGUGGAACGCCUUCAUCCCUGAGGGUGAAGCAAAUGCAGCCAUUGGUUAUGAGGAGUUCGUGACAAAGUUGCUACCUCGAUUUGGUGGGCCAAAUGCUCAAGAGCAAUGGCAGCGGCUGAUGCAAAACAUUGUGCCCAUGGCUGAUGCAAUUUGCAAUGGUCCACCGCCAGCCUUUGUGCGUGAAGAUGUUGGGGCCGCCGUUACGUUGGCCCGAUACUUGCCCAAAUUGAAGGCCAUACCCGGAGGCCCACAGAAGCUGUCGGAGCCUUUCAGCAAGUUCUUGGAGGAUGCUGGAGUUACCGAUCCGUUCAUCAAGAACUGGAUGGACAUGUUUGCGUUUUUGCUCCAGGGCCUUCCGUGCUAUGGGGCGCCAACAUCAAUGAUGGCAUACAUGAUGGGUGACCUCUACAAAAAGAAUACGUGCUUGGAUUUUCCGAAAGGUGGCAACGAAGCUUUAGUUGGGGCUUUAGUGCGAGGAAUUGAAAAACACCCAGGCUGCAAGGUGAUCCUCAAAGCCCAUGUGGAUGAAGUGAUCGUUGAAGGCGGUCGAGCUGCGGGAGUUCGAUACAACAGUACGAGUGGUGGGAGUUCAAUCCGUGCGCGUGAGGCAGUAGUGAGUAAUGCGGAUUGGCAGGUCACCCAGAAAUUGUUGAAAGGUGCUCCUGAACUUGAAGAGUAUUUCAGCCAAUGGACAAAGUAUCCGUUGUUGAAGUCGUUCAUUCAUUUGCACUUGGGCUUUCGGGGGGAUGGCCUGCCGCCAAGCCACUGUGCGGAGUUUCCUGCACAAUGGGGGGUGUUCAACGACUGGUCCGACUUGGAAGCGCCUCGCAACGCGGUUUUGGUGAGCUGUCCAUCGAUGUUGGAUUCUGAUCUCGCGCCUCCCGGUCAUCAUGUUGUCCAUGCAUACACUCCUGCUACUGAGCCGUGGGAAGACUGGGCACCCGUUGACCCGAAGAGUGAGGAAUACAAAAAGAAAAAGCGAGAAGCUCGCGAUUUCUUGUACGCAGCUGUGGGGAAGCAGGUGCCAAACCUGGAAGACAGGGUGGUCAUCGAACUGGUUGGGACUCCGCUCACCCACCGCAGAUUUUUACGGAAGCCCAGCGGAGCUUAUGGACUUCGCGUCACAGCGCCAGAGAUGCUCCCAGGGCACAAGACGCCCUUGGAAGGUUUUCACAUGUGUGGAGACAGCACUGCGCCUGGUAUUGGUGUGCCAGCUGUGGUCAUGAGCGGUCAUAUUUGUGCCAACAACCUCCUCAGCAUCCCUGAGCACUGGCAAGUCUUAGACCGAAUCAAAGAUUGGAGAACCGAAUUGGAGGCCACGCAACAUGAAGCAAGCCGUGGUGAGCCAUGCUGCCAGGACGAGCAAUCAGCUCACAGGAAGCACAGCUUGCAGCACUUGGAGAAAAAAGUUCUACAAAACUGCUUGAGAUUGCGAAAUCUGCUGCCCAGCUUGCAAACAGUUUUGCAAGCAGUCCUGCAGGAAGAAGUUAGAGAAGACGAUUGCCCACAAGAAUGA